UAUCGGAAAAUUGCAGUUAAAUUUUACACAUUGCAAGAUGCAGUCCUAUUUGAUUAUAGCCCUGGCCUUGAUGAGCCUGGCUAAUGCAGCACCCAGUGAUCCGGACAGUUACGCACCAACUGAGGCUGUUAGUGUUCCAUUGCCGGAGUCGGACAAGAAUCAUUUGUGCAAAUUUCACGAGUAUCUCAAUGGAGUUAGGAUGGGACUUUUUGGGGUUAUCAUGGGCAUCAACAUGGACUUUAUGUCUAAGGCAGAAACAAAUUUCCCAAACGAAUUUAUUAACUUUUUAACGAAUCGCCGCCGCGAAAAGAACGCAACUCUGAGCUUAUGGCAAAGGAAUUUCGGCGUCGACAAGGACCAGAUAAAGAUGAUCCUGCGGAACAGGACUGUGGCUCAGGAGUGGGCAAAGGAUCAUGUGUUCGAGUCCCACUACCUUGAGAUGCAUGUGUCCUUGUUCAAUGCACUGCGUUCCCUUAAGGAGCGUAUGGUCGAAGAGGCAACCCGAUUGAAGAGCAGCCUGAGCAGUGAAACUGUGGCUAGAGAGCACGAACUCUUCGAUGACGUCAAUCAAUUUGAAAAUUCAAGGAGAAACGGGGUUAAUCCCAUAACCGAUUUAAUAGACAAUCUUGAAUCGAAGAUUGAAAAUAAAUAUGAAUGUUCUACAUAAUCUACA